AUAAUGAUUUCACUUACAUAGUUACAUUGUUUUCUUCAUCAUGUUCCUUAGAUGUAUUUUGCAUUUGCUUUUAAUUCCAUAUGAAAAUUGACUGUGAACUUGUGACAUUUCAUUAGUGUUUUAGACUUUAUGUUAGUGUUUUUCUUUUUUGUGUUAACCCUCCGGUUCCCACCCAGGGAAGGGCUUUAGUAAUCUGGAGUUCGGCCGGGAGGUAAAGUAAGUCUGGCCAAGAAUUGUUCCUUCCAGGAAUCAAACUUGGGUUCUCAGGAACAAUUUAUAAAAUGUGAUUAAAAGAAUCUUGUUUCUGUGGAUAUGAAGAAAAAAAUGACACUUAUGAAGUUCUGAUCUGUAUUUUUUGGUACCAAUUGUUACUAGGCUUGUAAUGUUUGUUAUGUUUAAUAGAAAUCAAGGUCUAGGAUUUCUUCUAUAAAGGGGAAAGGCAAAAAAGAUAAACUAGAUUUGGGAUAAUGGGAGCUACAAGCUCCAAAGCGGAAGAUGAUAAGGCGCUGCAGCUGUGCCGCGAACGGAAGAAAUUUGUUAGGCAAGCGCUUGACGGUCGUUGCUCACUAGCAGCUGCACAUAUUUCGUAUGUCCAUUCACUUAAAAUUGUAGGAACAGCUCUUAGGAAAUUCACAGAACCUGAACCUCACAGUGACUCUUCCUUAUACAAUAAUGCAACACCACAAGCACUUGCUUUAACUGAUAAGGCAAUGUUGCAUUCUUCGCCAUCUAUGUCACAGCGUACUGAUGCAGCUGAAACACAAAACUUCUAUCCAACUCCCUCUCCUCCUAGUUCUAGUAAGUUCCAUGCAAAUCAUAUGAGACUUAGCGGUUUUUCGUCUAAAAAAGUUGAAGAAAAACCACCUGUACCUGUUAUAGCGACGGUAACAUCAUCAGAUGUUGCACAAAAUGGAAGUAGAAUGUCUGAAACAGAAGAAUUUGGAGAAUCUUCUGUUCCGGAUGGAACUCCACAAUGGGAUUACUUCGGUAUUUUUAAUCCUGUUGAUCAUCAAUUUUCUUUUCAAGAAGCGAAGGGCACGCCUGAGGAAGGAAUUCCUGAGUUGGAAGAUGAUGAAGAGAAGGUUUCUUCUUGUGACUCGCGGGAAUCUGACGAUGAAUUUGAUGAAGAGCCUACCGCAGAAACUCUAGUCCAAAGAUUUGAAAAUCUAAAUAGAGCUAAUAGCCAUGUUCUAACAAAUGUUUUACCUAUGAAAGGUGAUUCAGCUUCUGAAGUUGAGUUGGUAAAUGGCGAGAAGGGAAACUCUCCGUAUUUAUCUCCAUCAAAGAAAGUACCUACGGUAGCUUUGGUUCCACCCGAAGCGAAUAAACCAGUGGAGAAAGAGAAUCACAGUGAAAAUAAAGUUACUCCUAAGAAUUUCUUUGCAAGUAUGAAGGAUAUUGAGCAACUCUUUGAUAGAGCUUCGGAUUCUGGUAAGGAGGUUCCGAGGAUGCUUGAAGCAAAUAAAUUUCACUUUCGACCGCUAUUCCAAGGAAAAGAAAAUGGUUCUUUGGCAUCCUUGUUUUUUAAGGCAUGUUUCUCGUGUGGCGAAGACCCAAGUCAAGUUCCAGAAGAGCCUGCUCAAAACUCGGCUAAGUACUUAACGUGGCAUACGACACCAUCUUCUCAAUCCUCCUCGUCUAAAAAUCCUUUGGAUGCAAACUCAAGAGAAAAUUUUGAGGAUCACACAAAUAAUCUCUUUGGUAAUUCGUGUAUGAACUCUGGAAGCCAUGUAUCAACCUUGGAUAGGUUACAUGCUUGGGAAAGAAAGCUCUAUGAUGAAGUGAAGGCUAGUGAGAUUGUCAGAAAGGAAUAUGACAUGAAGUGUAAAAUCUUAAGGAACUUGGAAUCAAAAGCAGAAAAGACCUCCACAAUUGAUAAAACUCGCGCUGCAGUCAAGGAUCUGCACUCAAGAAUCAGAGUUGCAAUUCACAGGAUAGACUCUAUAUCAAAGAGGAUUGAGGAGUUGCGAGAUAGAGAGCUUCAGCCACAACUUGAGGAAUUGAUUGAAGGGUUAAAUCGAAUGUGGGAAGUGAUGCAUGAAUGCCAUAAGCUACAGUUUCAGAUCAUGUCGGCAUCAUAUAACAACAGCCACGCUAGAAUCACCAUGCAUUCCGAAUUACGCAGGCAGAUUACUUCCUAUCUUGAAAAUGAGCUCCACUUUCUAUCAUCAAGCUUCACCAAGUGGAUUGAAGCUCAGAAAUCCUAUCUUGAUGCGAUAAAAGGUUGGAUUCACAAAUGUGUUCCUCUUCAACAAAAAUCAUUCAAAAGAAAAAGAAGGCCACAAUCUGAACUUCUUAUACAAUACGGUCCUCCAAUAUAUGUCACUUGUGAUGUCUGGUUGAAAAAGAUCGGUACAUUACCUGUCAAGGAUGUUGUAGAUUCUAUUAAGAGCUUAGCAUCUGAUACGGCCCGGUUCUUACCAUAUAAGGACAAGAACCAAGGAAACGGAACUGAUUCUAAUAUCGGCGGUGAACCUGAUGGUUUAUUAAGAGAUGACGUAUCCGAGGAUUGGAUUUCAGGUUUUGAUCGAUUUCGUGCAAGCUUGAUUAGAUUUCUUGGUCAAUUAAACAGUUUGUCCGGUUCGUCUGUCAAAAUGUACAACGAACUUCAACAAGCUAUUCAGGAAGCUAAGAUUACCUACCAUCGGUAUAAUUCUUCGUCUCAAAAUGGUCAUUCGAAUUCUCAGUCUCAACAUGGUUACUACCAUAAUUCUGAAUCUCAAGAUGAGGAAUCAAAGUCACAAUCACAAGUUGUUUAGUCUUUUAAAUAAACAUCCAAAUAAUAAGAGAAGAAUUGCAUGAAAUGUUUUGGAGCAUACAAUAGUACAAAAUGGAUGAAAAAUUUGUACAUGAAAGAAUAUAAUGAAGUCAUUGCUUAUUUUUCAUACUUAUUACUCCCUUCGGUUCUUUUUAUAAGAGACACUUCACCUUUCUAAAUUCAUCGAAUAAUUAAUGUAUAUGGUUUAUAUUAUAGGUCAGAUACAUUAAUUAUUCAAUGUAUCUAGAAAGGUGAAGUGUCUCUUAUAAAAAGGAUCGGAGGAAGUAGUUUAGUACUUAUAAGAAUAGAAGGGAGGUGAUAGAUUUCUAUGGAGAGGUUCUGGAUUGGUGGUUACAUAUCUUGAGUAAGAGCUGUAAGUACUAGGCUCUAAUGGCGAAGAAAUUUGAGUGCAAAGAAGAACUUGUACAAUGCCAUAUUUUGUAAGCAAAUCAAAAGGUUUAUGGAAGGAACUUGUUCUUUCCUUCUUGA